UUCUGAAAAUCAAAGAUUCAAGGGUAACCUUCCUUCCUUCCUUCCGACCCUCAAAACCUUGCGAACCCUUACUGCCGGAUCUGUGGGCUUUCUACUAAAUCCAAAUACCUAAUUUACGCUCCGACCGACCACAACAGAGUCAUUCGUUAGUUAGAAAUGGGGAGUGACUUGAAGACUUGGGUAUCCGAUAAGUUGAUGUCUCUAUGUGGAUAUUCACAACCUACCUUGGUUCAAUACGUCAUUAGUUUAUCUAAGAAAGCUUCAUCAUCUUCUGAUGUGUUUAAUAAUCUUAAAGACAUGGAGGUGUCAUCUUUAAACGACUUACGCACAUUUGCUGAUGAAAUCUUUCGGAAGGUUGAACAUAAGAGUUCCGGGCCAAAUCUUUAUCGACAAGAAGAAGAGGCUGCAGCAAAGCUAGCCCGGCAGCAGAGGACUUACAAGCUACUGGAAGAUGAUGAUGACGACGGUGGUGAACCUGGCAACUCUGUUAAGUCUAAAAAGAAGGAUAAAAAGGAGAAAAGUUUCAGAAAAAAGAGUGAAAUCCAAGAAGAUGAAGAUGACGAGGGAGCUGUAAAUUUGAAAGAAGAAAGACGAGUGAAACAAAAAGUUACCCAUGACGAAUCAGAUGGUUCUGAGUCCGAAGAAGAAAGGCUGCGUGACCAAAAAGAACGAGAGGAGUUGGAGCGCCAUCUAAGGGAAAAAGACGCUGCAAGGACGACAAAGCUGACAGAGCAGAAAUUAUCCAAGAGGGAGGAAGAAGAGGCAAUUAGGAGAGCCAAUGCCCUGGCAGAUGAUGACAUGCAUACUUUAAGGAAAGCUUCGAGGCAGGAAUAUCUUAAGAAAAGAGAGCAGAAGAAAUUGGAGGAAAUUAGAGAUGAUCUUGAAGAUGAACAGUAUCUAUUUGGGAAUGUCAAAUUAACAGAAGCUGAAGAGCGUGAGUACAGAUAUAAAAAGCAAAUAUAUGACCUGGUGAAGAAACGGUCUCAAGAGGAUGAUAACAUUAACGAGUAUCGGAUGCCUGAUGCUUAUGAUGAAGAGGGUGGUGUAAAUCAAGAGAAAAGAUUUGCUGUAGCUAUGGAGCGCUACAGAGACUCGAAAGAUGGAGAUAAGAUGAACCCGUUUGCUGAACAAGAAGCAUGGGAGGAGCAUCAGAUUGGAAAAGCAACACUAAAAUACGGGUCAAAGAACAAAACGCAGUCUGAAGAUUAUGAUUAUGUGUUUGAGGACCAGAUCGAGUUCAUACAGGGUCAAGUUAUGGGCGGUGAAAAUGUUGAUAAUGAAGCAUAUCAAGAGGAACAGGAAAAAUCUAUGGCAAAAUCAGCACAUGAGAAGCUUCUGGCAGACAGAAAAACUUUACCUGUAUAUCCCUAUCGGGAGUCAUUGCUUAAGGCUGUUGAAGAUCAUCAGGUUCUUGUCAUUGUCGGUGAGACCGGCUCUGGGAAGACCACUCAGAUACCCCAAUAUCUUCAUGAAGCUGGAUACACUAAGCGUGGAAUGAUCGGGUGUACACAGCCUAGACGAGUUGCUGCUAUGAGUGUUGCUGCUAGAGUUUCUCAAGAAAUGAACGUCAAACUUGGGCAUGAGGUUGGCUAUUCAAUACGGUUUGAAGACUGUACUUCUGACAAGACAGUACUGAAAUACAUGACUGAUGGCAUGUUACUACGAGAGUUUCUUGGUGAACCCGAUCUUGCAAGUUACAGUGUAGUGAUGGUGGAUGAGGCUCAUGAGAGAACAUUGUCAACCGAUAUCUUGUUCGGUUUAGUUAAGGAUAUAGCGCGGUUUCGUCCCGAUCUCAAGUUGCUCAUUUCAAGUGCCACUCUUGAUGCAGAGAAAUUCAGCGACUAUUUUGAUUCUGCUCCAAUUUUUAAAAUUCCAGGAAGGCGAUAUCCUGUAGAAAUUAAUUACACCAAAGCACCAGAAGCUGAUUACUUGGAUGCUGCGAUCGUCACUGCUCUUCAGAUUCACGUUACUCAGCCACCUGGCGAUGGCGACAUACUCGUCUUUCUCACUGGUCAGGAAGAAAUAGAAACAGCCGAAGAGAUCCUGAAACACCGAACGAGAGGAUUAGGGAGUAAAAUAGCCGAACUGAUAAUAUGCCCCAUUUAUGCAAAUCUCCCGACAGAACUUCAAGCAAAGAUAUUUGAGCCUACACCUGAAGGGGCCCGCAAGGUGGUUCUUGCUACGAAUAUUGCGGAAACAUCACUAACGAUUGAUGGUAUCAAAUACGUGAUUGACCCGGGCUUUGUGAAGAUGAAGUCUUACAACCCUCGUACGGGAAUGGAAUCGUUACUCAUCACACCUAUCUCAAAAGCAUCUGCAAAUCAACGGGCGGGUCGAUCUGGACGAACGGGGCCCGGGAAGUGCUUUAGAUUGUAUACCGCUUACAACUAUUUUAACGAUUUGGAUGAUAACACGGUCCCAGAGAUCCAACGAACCAACCUUGCUAAUGUUGUUCUCAGUUUAAAGAGUCUAGGGAUUCAUGACUUGUUGAAUUUUGAUUUUAUGGACCCACCACCAGCUGAGGCAUUACUCAAAGCUUUGGAGCUGCUUUUUGCCUUAAGUGCACUCAAUAAACACGGUGAAUUGACAAAAGUGGGUAGAAAGAUGGCGGAAUUCCCGCUUGAUCCAAUGUUGUCGAAGAUGAUUGUUGCAUCUGACAAGUAUCAAUGCUCAGAUGAGAUCAUUUCAAUUGCUGCUAUGUUGUCAAUUGGAAGUUCCAUUUUCUAUCGUCCAAAAGAUAAACAAGUUCAUGCGGAUAACGCUCGUUUGAAUUUUCAUAUGGGUAACGUCGGAGAUCACAUAGCACUGCUUAAGGUUUACAGUUCGUGGAAAGAAACGAACUUUUCUACUCAGUGGUGCUAUGAGAAUUACAUUCAGGUGAGGAGUAUGAAGCGUGCACGAGACAUAAGAGAUCAACUGGAAGGGCUUUUAGAAAGAGUUGAAAUCGAGUUACAAUCAAACCCUGGCGAUUUGGAAGCAAUUAAGAAGUCCAUAACCUCAGGAUACUUCCCCCACUCAGCAAAGAUGCAAAAGAACGGGUCUUACAGAACUGUUAAACAUCCACAAACUGUUUAUAUUCACCCCAGCUCUGGUUUGGCUCAGGUACUUCCAAGGUGGGUGGUUUACCACGAGCUAGUGCUGACAACUAAGGAGUACAUGCGACAAGUGAGCGAGCUAAAACCCGAGUGGCUUGUGGAAAUUGCACCUCAUUAUUAUCAGCUCAAGGAUGUCGAAGAUUUGGCAUCAAAGAAAAUGCCACGCGGACAAGGCCGGGCAGCCAAGGAUUGAUAUUCAGAAACUGAGAUUUUGUAAAUACAAUUUUGUAUAUCAUGUUGCGUUGAUGACGAGACGUAGGUGCUAAUACCGUUACUCAUACUAAUGCUAAUCCUAUUGUUCGGUCUUAGACUCUUAGGUAGAUGAGACUUUUUUAGUGUUAAACAAGCAACUUUGCAUUAUGAGAGGCUAACUUUAUACAUUAUGAUAGUUAUAUGUGGAUUUAUACAUGAUUUUGAUGUC